AUGACUACUGGCAGGAUCAACCAGCUCCGGUGCGGCACACGUGGCCGAGGGAGAAGGAACACGCGGGAGCACGGCGAGGGGAACGCCGGGGGCGGCCACUCCGGACAACCUUCCGAAUCCGUCAGCAAUGGAGCGGUCGCCUCUGUGAAGGGCACGGGCUCCACCGACCUCAACGGGCGCACGGGGAAUGGAACCCCGCGCCCGGCCGGCAACGUGGCGCGGCCCGCGACCGCUGGCGCUGGGGAGCCAGGCGAGGGGUCGCCGCUGCAGGGACACGCCCCUCGGGCGAGCACGGGGCCCGCACACCCUCAGCUGCCCCAGACCCGGCCCGGAGGCCGACCCGGCUGCGCGCAGCUGCGGGAGGGAACCCGCCCACCGCCCGACACGACAGGACACAGGGUGGCGGGGGCCAGGGACCACACCGGCCUCCGUAUCCGCCAACAGGCCGUUCCCCAACGGCCCCGCAAACGUGCCCGUCCGCCCGCCCCUCAGGACCACGGCCCCCUCGCGCCCUCGGCGCCGCGGGCGUCCGCAACACCACCCAAGGCCGUUGCCCCGAAGGGCGACUGCCCGCCUCGGAGGAACCGCACGGCAGCGCCGCGAGCUGCUGCCGGAAGGAACCCGCCCCCGCGCGCGGGACCCACACACAGCCCGUCCGGGCCACGGAAGAGGCCAGCGGACGCACCCGGGGAUGCCGGUCCGCGCAAUGGCCGCUCUGCCACGGGGCGGGCCUGCCGUCGGCCGCUCCGUCGCUCACCGCGACCCGACCGCCCUCUUGCCCUUAUAGUUGUCGCCGCGGCCGUUCGCCACCACGACAAACGGCCCCGCUCUCGCCCGCCCGCCACGCACCCCGUUCGGGGGGACGGCAGACCAGCCGCGCGGGGACGAGCAGGGCCCGGCUCGGCCCCACCCCAUCCGCGACCCUCGCUCGUCCGGCACGUCUAG